AUGUCUAAGGUCCCAGAGCAGGUCGAGCACCAGGAAACCUUGUCAAAGGGUACUGAGCUUGAGCAAGAUGCACUCUACCAAGCAUACGUCUCGAAGAGCCCAGAAUGGCACCAGAAUAUGACUCGCGGCCUUUUACGCAAGGUAGACCUGCAUCUCUUGCCGUUCUUGAUUCUUAUGUAUUUGCUUAAUUUCCUCGAUCGCAACAAUCUGUCACAAGCGCGUCUAGGGUCACUUGAAAAAGACCUGGGCAUGAAAGGAACCGACUAUAACUUGGCAACAAGUAUCUUAUUUGUUGGAUAUUUGCUUAUGCAAUUGCCUUCUAAUUUGAUCCUCACCCGUAUUCGACCUUCACUAUUCCUGGGAAUAGCAAUGGCUAUUUGGGGUGUGAUUUCUGCUUGUCAGGCGGCUGUUCAGUCGUUUUCAGGACUUGUAGUUACACGAUUCUUCCUCGGAUUUGUUGAGGCUCCUUUUUUCCCAGGAGCCGUCAUGCUGAUGUCGAGUUGGUAUACUAGACAAGAGUUGAGUCAUCGCAUUGCCUGGUUCUAUGCAGGCAGCUCGUUGGCCAAUGCCUUCGGUGGACUACUUGGAGCCGGUGUCCUCGGUAAUCUAGACGGUUCGCAUGGAAUAGCUGGAUGGCGCUGGCUCUUCAUCAUUGAAGGCAGCAUUACCGUUGGUGUCUCUCUCUUGGCAGCCAUUUCCCUUCCUAAUUACCCUGCUACCACAUCAUGGCUAGAUGCACAGGAACAAUCAUAUGCUCAAUGGCGUCUCAUGCAUGAUGCAGGUGAAGCAGAUGAUGCCAAGUCGACCAGUAUCAAGGAGGCGUUGAGCCUGGUAUUUGCUGAUAAGCGCAUCUACCUGUUUAUUCUGAUUCAACACACCUCUUUGCUCUCUCAAAACUUCCAGUACUUCUUCCCAACAAUCGUUCAAACCCUCGGCUACAACAAUAUUGAGACUCUUCUGAUCACCGCACCUGUAUGGAUCGCGACAUUCCUCAUCUCCCUCCUUGUCACCUGGACAUCCGGCCGAACGAACGAUCGCAGCAUCCACAUUAUUUGCCUGAUGCUUGUGAGUGUUAUUGGAGGAAUAAUUUGCACCGCGACCACAAACACUGGUGCCCGGUUCUUUGCCAUGUUUCUUAUGCCGCUGGGUGCUGUCUCAGCAUACCAGAUCAUUCUCGCUUGGGUUGCAAACUCAUUUGCUAGACCCCUCGUCAAACGAUCCGCAGCAAUUGCAAUUGCUAACAUGAUCGGUAACACGGCUUCAAUCUAUGGAAGUUACAUGUGGCCUGACUCUUCUGGUCCACGAUACAUUCCUGGGGGUAGUGCUACUGCUGCGAUUGCACUCAUAGUAGCCAUUAUGGCAUUUGUGAUUCGCAAAGUUCAUAUGAAUAUGAACCGAAAAUUGGAUGAAAUGGAGUCAUCGCAAGACUUGCCGUCUGAUGAGAUGCAUGAGUCGGAAAUCAGGACCACCGGAUUCCGUUAUAUUCUAUGA